UGAGCCUGGUUUUCCUCCAAAAAAGACAUCUCUCCUCCACGGCAAGAACUUUGCGCUACCCUUUGGACUUUUUUAUAAUUCUUUUGAUCAAUCUGCUCGGGGGACGAUGACAUCCCGUCGACCCAUGAUCAGGUCUUACUCUGGCAACGGGAGAUCAGACAGUCAAAAUGGGGAGGACAGCCCUGCACCCAGCGGCAGGUCAGACAGCCGCAAUUACCUCUCUAACGUCAGGCCUGAAAACAGCUACUCAAGUCAAAGGUAUUCGCACUACAGACCAUCAAGGAGUACAUUUUGUACCAUCAUGGCUCAGCUGACAGAGGAGACCCAGCCGUGUUUUGAGACCACUAUUAAAUCUAAGGCAGUAUCAGAGUCCUGCAAUGUCAAAUUCACAUGCGUGGUGACAGGUUACCCAGAACCAGAACUUACCUGGUACAAAGAUGACAUGGAACUGGACCGUUACUGUGGUCUUCCAAAAUACGAAAUCUUUCGAAAUGGAAAAACUCACAGUCUCCACAUUUACAACUGCACAGUAGACGAUGCGGCCAUCUAUCAGGCCUCGGCCAGAAACAGCAAAGGCAUUGUCUCUUGUUCUGGAGUGCUGGAGGUGGGCACCAUGAGUGAAUAUAAGAUCCACCAGAGGUUCUUUGCUAAACUGAAGCAGAAAGCUGAGCUCAAACGCAGAGAGCUGGAGGAGAGCCGUCGCCGCGGUAAAGAGAACGCACAACAGGAGCAUCUGAGCAUCGUAAGCCAAGAUCGCUCACUAAGGAAACGCAGAUCUCCUGGUGGUUCUGAUCCCCUCAGUUCCCCUUCUGAAGCCCAGGAUGCUGUUUCACAGGAGACACAAGCGGAGGACCAGCAAGGGGCCACCACUGAGGAAACAAAUGGAAUUACAGAGGCUGUCAAGGAAGCAGGAGCCGAUUCAAUAAAAGAGAAUGGAGACCAGCAGUUCAACCAUCUUAGUGACUCAGCAGAGACAGUCACUCCCAAAUCCCCCACCAUUGACUCAUUGGGUAAAAAGAAGAAAAGGAUCUCAAAUGGAUUUGAUGAGGCAGUUAUUAGUGAAGCCAGCCUGGGCGCUGUAAGCACGGAGGAUAUAUAUGAUGAAGGAAUAAGUUUAGCAAAAUAUCUCGCACAAUCUCUGCAGUCACAGAUAGCAGAGGAAAAUACAAAACUUACACGAGCAGAGGAAAUAAUGGAUGUAGACGAGAGGGUAGAGGAGGAACGAGAGAGACAGCAUGAAAGAGAAAUAGGCAAGGAAAGAGAGCAAGAUAUAGAAACAGCCAUGGAAAGAGAGAGAGAGAGUGAAAUGGCUAAGGAAAGAGAAAGAGAGUUAGAAAUGGCUAAGAGGAUAGAAAAAGAGAGAGAAAUGGUGGAGGAAAGAGAGAGAGAGCAAGCAAGACAAAUGAAACUAGAACAAGAGUCUGAAACAAAGAUGUCAGGGCCCAAAGAGUCAGAACAUCAGCACAAAUCUGCCCUCAGUUCGGUAUUCCAUUCUCUAAAGGGCAUCUUUUUCGGCAAGGGCAAGAAGUCCACCGAGAAAGCAGGGGUAUCAAAGGAAACCAGUGAGGCGAGAGUGGAAAGAGAACAACCACCAGUUACCACAGAGACACAGUCUUACAGCCCACCAACUUCUUUCCAGGAGCCAGAGCAUAAAAUAAUGAUUUGUGAAGCAGCUACAGAGAAACCUCCACCUAUGCUGGUGGAUGAACCACCACCUUCUGUGAACUUACAGGAGAACAGGGACUCUGAAGAGAGAAUACCACUUGUUUCUGUGUGUCCAGCUGAGCAAGUGGCACAAGAGAGCCAGAACUCAGUUGAUCAUGUCCAAGAAUCUACAUCUACUAACAUGGAGGAGCUCUCUCCAACUCCUGAGAGACCUCCAGAAGCUACUACAGUUUCACUGAAGAACUCUUUGGAAGAGGAGAAGAUGCAAGAGGAGAUACAGGAGGAGGUACAAGAGACACGACAGAAGGAAAGACAGAGUGCAGUGGAGGAGGUACUUUUGCCUUCUCCCCUAACACCAUUUGAGGCAACAGAUGGGCAUAUACAGACUGACAGCAGUGAAGGCCUUGUCUCAGAGGGGAUAGCCACCCAACCAUGUGAGGUUAACACACAAGAGUUCACCUCACCCGUGGAUCAAGUCAUGUUCACUGCAAAAGAAACGCAUGUUUUAGAUUACCAGAGUUACUUAAAUGACUUCCCGCAGAGCCUGGAAUCCUCUCUGACAUGUCCAAACACGUCAGAGCCAGAAAGAACAGAACAUUACGAGAACCAGCCUCCCUCUCCAUCCACAUUCAAAGAAGAUCACAGACCCAUAACAUUCCUCACUGAGCCUGAGCAAGAGAAGGAAAUGAGUGUAAAGGUACACAGGGAGGAUGUGACGCCCACUGUGGAGACAAAACAAGAGGGCCGUGCAUUUGAAACAAAACCACAAGAUACAUCUUUCCAUGUUGAAAGAAGUGGAGAGGAAAGUGAGUAUGAGACAGUUGAGAAACCUGUCUUUGUGGAGGAAAACCUAGAGGGUUACCUAAAAACAGAAAAAAAGAUUGCUGCCUCGGAUGAAAGCGAACAGAAAAAUAAUACAAUUCCUGCUAUAGAGAUGGAUCAAGAGCACAAUUUUGUCUCCACAUUAGAGGGAAACACAGAUGAAAGUAACAUAAAAGUACAUGAGAAAAUUGCCACUGAUUUGGUUACAGUUGCAGUGCAAUGUGAAGUGGAGUCCAUAUCUGCCUCAUUUUUAGAGGACAGUGUAGAGAAAAACAAUAAUAAUAUAGUGCAGGAUCAAGAGAAAGGCACCAUCGAUGUCUCCACAUUAGAAGAACCCAUACCAUGCACACAUGAAUGUGACAUGAAUCUACAUGAAAAUAUAUCCCUAGAUUUGGUUACAACUGUAGUGGAAAGUGACAAAGUCAUUUCUGUCCCAGCAGUAGAGGUCAGUACAGAGAAAUAUAAUGCGGUAGUACAGGAUCAAGGGUCAGAUACCAUCACUGGCUCCACUUUAGGGGAGCAUGUUGAAGAAAGUGACUUACAACCACAGGGAAAAAUUGUUACAGAUUUGGUUACAAGUGCACUGAAAAGUGAGGAGGAAUCCGUUUUUGCCUCAGCUUUAAAGGACACUGUAGACAAAAACUAUAAUAUUAUACAAGAUCAAGAGUCAAGCACCAUCACUGCUAUAAGUCAAGUGGAAACUACAGAGAUGGAAACUGAAACAAGCAGCAGUUUGCUGGAGGAACCCAAAACCUCUUCAGAGACACAGACUGAGAAGGAGUUGAAUGAACCAGUUGUGCAACAAAUGAUUCCACCAAUCAUAAUUCUGCCUGAUACAGAUGAGACAGUCAUGGAGAGAGCAGAGGAGACUAAUGUUACACCACCUAUCCCAGAAAUCAAAGUCAUUGUGUCAGACCAAGUCCAGAGCAGAGAACCUCCAACUAUCUCCAGCACCAAUAUCCUCAGAUCAGAAUCUAAAGACACUAUGCCAUCACCAAAACAAAAAGACAGCAAAUCUAAAACUGAGAAACGUCUGGAUGAUGCAAUGAGAGCUUCAGGUGAGAUGAUCGUGGAGGACGGUGCAACAGUUAUUGCAAAACUGGUGGGUGUGACUCCUAGCCAGUACAGAGCAAGGAAUGCUGACACACCUACUUCCGUUGAUAAAAUCCAGGAUGUUAAAACACUAAGUAGAGAAACAAGGAUGGGCAGUGGACAUGAGCUAACUAAGACUAGUAGUGGGCGUAGCAGAGGAAGUGACAACAACAGUAUCCCAGUAAUAAACAUAGCUUGUGCUGACAACAAUUCACCCAGAACUCCAGGUCAAGAGCAAGCCCACGAAAAGUCCUCAUCACCCCCUGUCGUUAUUGUCCCACAAGAAACACCCCACUCAGUACCUCCUAUCUCUGUUACGCAUGUGGAUAGCAUUGCUGAGCAGCAUAUGGCCACCAUAAUCAAGGAGAAAGGUACAGAAUCUUUAGCUGCAAUACUCAGGGGAGUCAAGAGCAAUCUUGACUACGUGGGCAAUUCAGAGUCUGCGACGCCUUCUUCUGGUUCAGUCUUAUCAAAAGAGCAGAACUUAGCUGACAAGAACAAACACUCAGUGCCAUCUCAGUUGAGUCCCAAUAUAACUGAAUCCUUAAUGGCAAAAACACCUCAAAGUUCUCCUGCAUCUGAUACUGAGAAGAGUUCUUCAUCUACCAUGGAAAAACUUGGCCUCACAACCUCCGUGGGACCUACACUGCCCCCAUUAAGUCCAGCCAGUCUGCGCAGGUUAAUGGCUAAGAACAAUCCCAAUCUAGAGGCUCAGUCUUCUGGUUCUGGCUCUGUCCCUUCCAUUACAGUGGAUGGCACAGAAAAGAAAGGAGAUGAGAACAGUGGGGGGAGCACACCCACCUCCACUAUGUCCUGUGAAAGCAGCCCCAAAAUGAAACGCCGGGACAGCCUGACCCUCAUCCCGUCUGCCACCCCAGAGGAACUGGCCUCAGGGGCACGCCGCAAGAUAUAUCUAGCGAGAACAAAGACGGAGGAAGGGGAAGGAUCAUCCUUUACAGAUGGUCAGGGCAAGAAAGACAGUCCUUAUAUGUCACCCAGUCAAGCCCGCAGGUCUGCCUUCCUCCAGGCCCAGAGUGGCCAAAAAACGCCACCUACGGAGAGACGCUCACCUCUGCUAGCUCGCCGCAAAGCAACACUAGAGGUACCAAAACCCAAGGAGGAGACCACUGAGGAGAAAGAUACUAGCAAGACUGAGAACAAGCCAGCAGAGAAAGAGAAGCUGGACCCUUUCAAGGCGCCUCAGGUUAUUCGGAAGAUCAGGGGAGAGGUUUUCUCAGAUGCCUCAGGCCACUUGAAGCUGUGGUGCCAGUUCUUCAACGUGUUAAGUGACUCUACCAUCAAGUGGUCCAGGGAUGAAGAGGAAAUCGCAGAAAUGAAAAGAAGUGGAGGAGAUGAGAGUCAAGUAGCUCUGGCCAUUGUUCAGGCGUGCAGUAGAGACUGCGGAGUUUACGGCUGCACAAUCACAAACGAAUAUGGAACAGAUACCACUGAUUUCCUGCUAAGCGCAGACAUUCUGGCAGAAUUUUUCUUACGGGAUGAUUUGGAAGUGGGUGAGGAGAUAGAGAUGACACCCAUGCAAUUUACCAAAGGACUAGCAGAUUCAGGUUACUGGGGUGAUAAGUUUUUCGGCCGAAUAAUGACAGAGGAAAUUCAGAUGGGAGAGGGCUGUGCGCACAAGACCUGCAGGGUGAAGGCGAUUUAUGGCCUGGAUCCCGUGUUUGAAUCAGGGAGCACCUGCAUCACAAAAGUUAGGAAUCCCAUUGCAUACGGGACCAAAGAACACAGCAAUCUGGCAGAAAGGAAUCUGGAAAUUACUAAACAGGAGUGUAAAAUACAAAACACAAUUCGGGAAUACUGCAAAAUCUUCGCUGCCGAGGCAAGGGUACUCGAAAACUUUGGCUUCUCUCUAGAAGUGAUUCCUGUUUAUCUGAUGUACCGGCCGGCCAAUGCCAUCCCGUAUGCUACAGUGGAAGCUGAUCUCAAGGGUGUUUAUCUGAGAUACUGCCUAAUGGACUCCACGGGAAGACUGGUCACCAGAACCAUCUCUGAAGUGGAGCAGAAAUGUUGCACAUUCCAGCACUGGAUCUAUCAAUGGACAAAUGGGAACCUACUGGUUACCCAACUGGAAGGUGUCAAUACCAGGAUCACAAACGUGAGAAUUGCCACCAAGACCAAAGGGUAUCAAGGUCUUACAGAAGUAGCCUCUCCUAAGGUGCUAGAACAGUUUAUGACCCAGCAUCAGUGCAACUACUACUGUGGGCUUCUGAGCCUAAGGCCCCUAAAACCCAUGGACACCUUGCAACAGCCACCUAAGAUCAAAAGUUCCAGGAGUCCUCUGUUGGGCCGCAAGUUAGGCACUGGAUCCUCCAGCCCUCAGGCUGCUAGGAAGGGUAACUCAAGCCCCAAAGUGGUCAAGAAAACUGGGGAAGCUGGAGAUAACAAGCCCACUACUAGCAAACACAAAACCGUGGAGGUCCCUAAAGCUGUUAGAAUGAGGUAAAAAUCAAACCCGGGGGUUAAAUACCACUUGAAACAUUCUACUUGUGUUCUUUUUGUGUGUGCCACAAGUUUGAGUGCCAGAAAUAAUUAAAUUGGUGCAAGCCAUCGGCUGGUCUGUGUUGAUUGACGGGCAUGGCCUUGACCAGGGUCAUGGUGGAGAAUUUGACUUUAUUGACUCCAUGAGAGAGAGAGAAGACUGUACAUAUCAUCAGGAAGGUCGAAGACCAGCAAUAUGUGACAACAGUGAUGUAACGUUACUGUGAAUUGCUCACCAGAUGUCAUUUGCCCUUACGAAGUGAAAAGAGCUUCAUUCCUCCUCCUAUGUGUGGAUUUGAUUUAAAGAACUGAACUGAGGUCACAAGAUCCUUUUAUCACCCCAGACACCCAGAGGAAAUCACCUCAAGGAGAGAAUCCAUUGUUCUGCAGGACCUCCCAUGGUUUGACAAAUAAAGCAGGUAAAGAGGUGGAAAUAAAUUAACCAAAAGAAAACAAUAAAAAUGGACUUGGAACUUUUGUUAGUGCUUAGGUGUUCCUAGAGUACAAAAGUACAAGCAGAUAUGUAUAUGAGGAACUCUAAGAGGAUUUCUCUACAGGGGCAGUUCCCAUAAUAUCUGUGAUAUAUGUAUCUUAAUGCAAUUUGUGCAUUUAUGUAUUUGGAGAGGCUGGGGUUUUUUUUGAGAGACUGUUUGUGUAUAACAUUCAUUCUGGGUGGUAGACUGCUUUUUGUUUUUUCCCCUGACAAAUGUGUUUUAUAGCUUGUAGCUGUACAUUUGCUGGA